GCAACUUUUUUACCGAUCGCGAACAGUCGCGCGCGACUGCGUUGUUGUGACACGGAGUGGGGACACCUGCCCCGGGUCCCGGGGUCCCCCCCCCCGAUUCAGAGCUCCCCUCGACUCCGCGUGGACGCAUCAGGAAUGAGGAGUACGAGUGGCUGUCAGCGCAGAGGAUCCUUUCUUGGCUCCUGACACCAUGACCUCAGACCUGAACUUGACCUCCCUCCUGAAUGUAAGCGAUCUCCACAACCAGAGUAGAGGAUGCUCCCUCACUAGGACGGGUUUCCAGUUCUACUACCUGCCCACCGUGUACAUCAUGGUGUUCAUCACGGGACUAGUGGGCAACAGCCUGGCCAUUUGGAUGUUUGUCUGCCACAUGAGACCCUGGAGUAGCAUCUCCGUCUACAUGUUUAACCUGGCUCUGGCAGACUUCUGCUACGUCCUCUCGCUGCCCUUCCUCAUCUUCUACUACUUCAACAAGACGGACUGGAUUUUCGGGGACGUUCUGUGCCGCUUGCAGCGUUUCAUAUUCCAUGUGAAUCUGUACGGGAGCAUUCUGUUCCUCACCUGCAUCAGUGUCCACCGGUACACCGGGGUGGUCCACCCGCUCAAGUCCCUGGGCCGGCUGAAGAAGAAGAACGCGGUCAUCACCAGCGCCUUGAUCUGGGCGGUGGUGGUGUUGGGAAUCUCCCCCAUCCUUUACUACUCCAGGACGAGCCUGAAACGCAACGCGACCACUUGUUACGACACCACCACGGCGGACGAGCUCCCGGGCUACUUCAUCUACAGCAUGUGCAUGACCGUCUUCGGCUUCUGCAUCCCUUUCAUCAUCAUCUUCGGUUGCUACGGGCUGAUCGUCAAGGCGCUGAUCUGCAACGAGAUGAACAACACUCCGCUGCGCCGCAAGUCCAUCCACCUGGUGAUCAUCGUGCUGGCCGUGUUCGCCGUUUCCUACCUGCCCUUCCACGUCAUGAAGAACCUCAACAUGAGGGCCCGGCUCUACUUCCAAAGCCCCGACAUGUGUGACUUCAACAACCGCGUCUACGCCACCUACCAGGUGACGCGGGGGCUGGCCAGCCUCAACAGCUGCGUCGACCCCAUUCUGUAUUUCCUGGCCGGGGACACCUUUCGAAGGAAGCUGUCCCGCGCCACCAAAAAAGCCUCCAGGAAGGCAGACCAUACUCUGCAGUCCAAGAGCGAGGAGGCCGCCCUCAACAGCCUCACCGAGUACGUGGAGAACGGGGACAGGAAGCUCUGAAAGCGGUGGCUUUUGCACGCUUAGUCUCGGGCCCGCGUUUGGCUAUGGGUCUAGAUAUAGGAUGUAAUAGUGACUAUGGGGCCGAUCUAUCGUGGCUCCCGGAUGUUGGGGCCGUGGACUGGAGGCUCUGUGUAAUAUGUACUCGACACGUGCAGCCCCUCGUGGGACGUACGGGGGCGACGAGAGACCGCCGAGGGAAUACUGUAUUUAACCUUGUGAUAACCACUUCGCCGCAGAUUGUUGGCGAUCGUGUGUCGCGUGUCACGUGUCGUCGCCGUUGCUCACUGAAAGUGUACCCGUAUCGUACUGCGCACCUAUCCCAGUGUUAGACCCGUCACUCGUUCACCAGGCACCCCUCAUUAUGGCCCAGUUAGCGGUACAAAUUGGCCGCGGUGAAGGUUUACUACAUUCAAUCACAGCCGAGAGGAAGGGGGAAAAAUUGGUUCUCCCUGUAGAUAAUAACCCUGUUCCUCGUUUCACUUAGGGGGAAGGAACAAAAUGGCACUGGGAACGGACAGCGGCUUUUCCCACCCACAAUCAAGACCAGCUACGCCUGUAGCUCGGUUAGGCCGUGUAACUGGGCUACCGCCGUUGAACCAGUGUACAAGAAGAGGGGGAGACUCGAUUUAUCGACGGACGUACGUCCGACCCCGGCACACUGGGUGGCACAACGCCUAGGCCAGUUGGGGGCUGAUUGAAGCGGAUACACGCCAGAGUAAAUCCACCCCCACCCCGUUAUCUAGGCGCGUUAGUCCGACUUCGAGAAAUUCUCAUUAGUACGAUUUCAGUCAGACUAACAUGCUUACUUACAUGUGUUGUAAAAGUCCAGUUUUUUAACACAAUAAAUCGAGUUUUUCCCCGCCUCGUGUAAACGUAGUCGGUAGCUAUUAAGCAGGUGAGGGUCUGUAGUUAAGGGGCGAGGUGAGACACGCUGCCCCUGGGAUGGGCGGGUUUACGCUGAAAGCUACAUGCACUGGACUUUGUGACUGCUGUGAGGAUGUUGACAUGCAGGCGGGGAAAUGCACUGUUGACCUGAGACUUUGUGCUGUCACGUGGCUACCUAGAGGCCUCUCGUCCCUCCCCCCCCCCCCUCCUCGUCCGUUACUGGCGCACCGGGGGGGGGAGGAACGUCGGUUGCGGCACUUUGAGGCAGCGUCUUGCAAACGGCCCUGUUUCGGUGUCACCCCCCCCCCCACCCCCCGUUCUAUCUUCACGCCGCGCCCCGCCGUGGUCACGCCGACCCGCUCCAUGAGAAUAUGAAGUGACAAUGCCCCAGAGUAUCUCGCUGACGUGAUACCGACGAAUGUUGUUUUCUUUGUUUGUUUUUUGUUUUAGCUGAACUGUCCCAAGAGUGUUGUGACUCGUGGAAUUCACUUGUUGUCGUACUUGUUCCGUACUACGGCUUUGAAGGCUACAUGGCUAACCCGGCCUUUUAUUGCAUGAGCCCGUUGUCCAAAAAACAAAAACACAAAAAAAAAAGGAAGCAAAACAAUUUGUCAACGGGAUCAGUUAACCGACUAACCACAGCUCGUAAAUUAAGUGAAGGGUAUGAAGUUUGGCGUCGGUGUGAGUCUGAAUGAGCAGAAAGAGACUCCCUGGCUGUGAGUUGAGAGAUUCAUUGCUGUUCUGUGUCUGUUCUGUCUGUUUCUGUGCGGGGGGAGUCGUUGUGCAGCAGUAUUAGCACUUUGUUCCUUUUCUUUUUCUUUUUAGCUAGCACUAACAAGAUGUUUGACGUCUUGCCUAAUGGUUUGUGUUGAAAUAUGAUGUGGUCGGUCAGUUGAUGUCAGUUGUAAACCGGGUGAGGAACUCAACCUUAAGUUGUACAGGACACUUAAGACCACUUGUAACUUUGUCAAUAAAAUUUGUAGAUAAUUUAACUGUGCUAAUGUUUUGCCAUUUGUUGGGAGUCUUUGAAGACGUCCGUUGUUUUUAUGCCCGUUUCCACGCCCCGUUUAGAAAUCUGUGUUUCUGUGAUGUUACCCUGACUAACUUGUCUCAUCCUGUACAUUAUCCUGUACAUUAUCCUGUACAUUAUGUUGCUGAUAAUAAAUGGGUUAGC